AUGGUCGGUGCGAUUGGAGCGGUGUUGCAGCAAAUCGAUAGCCCGUUGAAAGUGACAUUUCUGACCGACUGCUGGACCCAAGGUGAACACCGAGCGUACACGACAAUUGGAUUACUAGCCGGAGAGCAUCUCUGUCGGUUUGUGUCAACGAAUGCGAAUACGAACAUCGAGGACCUGUUCGCCGUACUCGAUGAAGACAACGAAAGCCAUCAGACACUGAUUGUGCUGGAUUUGAGUUGUAACGCAUCCGAACGGUUGCUGUUGGAGGCUGGCACGCGGCUCUAUACCAAGUUCCGCUGGCUAUUGGUGGACUCACGAAUAGCGGAAGGCUCAGACUGGGAGCAGUGGCAGCAAGUUUUGAAAAACUGCCCAGCGCUCGUCAGCAGUGAAGUGUUUGCGAUCGUGCCUGAGAGCGAAGGGGCGGUGCGGGUGGUGCAAGUGUACCGGGUGGCCCGUGACAGUGAGCUUCUCGCCGAGGAGUUUCUCCUUUGGCGGUCCGAUCGGAUGGUGCGAGAAGAUUUGCGCACCGAGAUGGUAACGGCAGUAAGGCGCCAAAACUUGCACGGUCACACACUGCGGGCUUCGAUGGUGAUCACCAAUCCGGAAACCAUUCAUCAUCUGUCCGAUUACAGAGAUAAGCAUAUCGAUACGAUUACGAAGGUGAACUACAUUCUCACCAACUAUCUGGCCUCGUACUUGGGUGCGUCGGUGAAUUAUACGCGCGUCAGCACCUGGGGCUACUAUAACAGCACGACCGGUUUGUGGGACGGUAUGAUCGGUGAGCUGGUACACGGUGCAGCUGAUCUGGGUGCCUCUCCGCUCUUCUUCACCACCGAUCGGAUCGCGGUGAUCGAGUACCUGGCCAUGACGUCCGAAACGCGCUCAAAGUUUAUCUUCCGCUCGCCGAAGCUCUCCUACACGGACAAUGUGUUCGUUUUGCCCUUCGACACGCAUGUCUGGGCCUGCAUCAUCGCAGUGAUCGUGGGCUCAUCGUUGUUGCUACUGCUGACAUUGUGGGCAGAACGGCGUGUAACCGGUAGCCAGGCAACAGCUAGCAAUCCACCUCCCCCAGCAAACGCUGACGCCUCAACACUGUUACCGAACCUCCGCGAUACCCUGCUAAUGAUGUACGGUGCUUCGUGCCAGCAGGGGUCGGCCAUGUUGCCCAGUAGCUGCUCGGCCCGUGCCAUCACGAUGCUCAUCUUUACCGUGCUCAUGUUCCUGUACGCCAGCUAUUCGGCCAACAUUGUCGCCCUGCUGCAGAGCCCCUCGACAAAGAUACGUUCGCUCGAGGAUCUGUUGGCCUCUCGGCUCAAGUUCGGUGUUCACGAUACGGUCUUCAAUCGGUACUACUUUACGCACGCCACCGAACCGACACGCAAGGCACUGUACGAGCAGAAGAUACACGGUGCUGGUGGCGGUGGUGAUUCAUUCCUCGAGCUGGAACAGGGCAUCGAGCGGAUCCGCCAGGGACUGUACGCGUUCCACGUGGAGCAGGGCGUCGGGUAUAAGGUGAUCAGCGAGACGUAUCAGGAGGACGAAAAGUGUGGUCUGCAGGAGAUCCAGUAUCUGCAGGUGAUCGAUCCGUACUAUGCGAUACAGAAGAAUUCGCCCUUCAAGGAGCACAUUAAAAUUGGGUAAGAGCGGAGGGAGUUCCGGUGGAUUGUCCACUCGAUUUACUCUCUUUCACACUUUGUCAGACUGUUUCGACUCAACGAGCAUGGCAUCCAGUAUCGCGAGAACGCCAAAUUGUACACGAAGAAACCGAAAUG